GCGAUUAUUUUAUUGACAAAAAGAAUUGGACCAACGCGGAUCUAACAUGUGGCUUCCUGGACUGCUCGUGUUCCUGGCUUCAGCAUCAGCUCUCCGAGACUUGGAGCCCCCAGCUCCGACCCGUGUGUCCAGGAAUGACCCCGUGGAAGGAUGGCUGAACGUCAGGCUGAACCAUUUCAAGGCCAGCUUUAAUGAUACCUUCCGAAUGCGUUACUACUACAACGACGAGUUCGCCGACAACAACAACAUCGUGAUCUUCGUGGGCGGCGAAUGGGCCAUCCACCCCGCCUGGACCCAGGGAGGGUUGGCGUACGAACUGGCCGAGCUGACCAAAGCAGCACUUUUCUACACGGAGCAUCGGUACUAUGGAAAUACUAGACCUAGCGCGGAUACCAGCGUGGAAGACCUGCGGUACCUGACCGUGGACCAGGCUUUGGGGGAUCUUGCUCAGUUCAUCCAGCACGUCAAGAGCGACUCCUUCGAAAAUGGACGUUACAAGAAUGGCUCGGUUGGCUUAGUGGGCUGCUCCUACGCGGGCAGCAUGGCUACGUGGAUGAAACUGGGGUAUCCACAUCUCAUAGAUGCCGCCUUCUCCGACAGUGGACCGUUGCACGCUCAGGAAGACUUCCCCGAAUACCUAGAGGUGAUAGCAGAAGCGAUACGCAGCCAAGGCAGUGAAGCAUGCUUAACAACCGUCGAGCAAGCUGUCGAGCGUAUUGUCGAGCAACUUGCCACAACGGACGGCCCUGCUAAUAUAUCUAGUUUAUUCAACACAUGUUCGACAAUCCAGCCUACUCCCUUAGACAUGGCCACGUUCUUCUGGUUCGGCAUCACGGAAACUUUCGCGUAUUUGGUGCAAUACGCCACUCCUGGAGACAUACCUGAUGCUUGCGCUGUUUUAACCGACUCCUCUGUUGAGGAUCCCGUCCAACGCCUAGCCAACUGGAUCACCAGCCAACCUUGGACGCAACCCUGCAUCGAGAGCCGCUACUCCGUCAUAGUAGAGCAACACACGAACACUAGUUAUGAUGCCCCGCAGUCAGUCAUGCGACUCUGGACGUACCAGACCUGCGUGGAAUACGGCUGGUACCAGACCACCACCAGCGGCCGCCAGCCUUUCCUCAACACGGUACCCUUGGAGUACUUCCAUCAGAUGUGCAAAGACUUCUUCUCUUCAUACUUUGAUGAGGAACUCCUCGCCUCCGGCGUGUGGCGCACGAACGCCCUGUUCGCCGCGCGCCGCCUGCCGGACGGCGUCGUGAGCGUGGCCGGCGGCCUGGACCCCUGGGCGCCGAUGGGGCCCAACGGGACCCAUGCUACGGAGUUGGCGCCUGUUUACGUGGUGCCUACGGUUUCCCACUGCCGGGCUGUACAAUCAACCGCAUCAAGUGAGACGGAAGAGCUCGCCCGCGCCAAGCGAGCUGUACUGAGUUAUAUGCAAUACUACAUGACCGGGGAACGGUCCGCUGCUAACACGACAUUACCUGGUAUCGUCAGCUUACUGGUCGUAGUAGCUAGCUUCUUACUUCAAUAGUUUCUCUAUUAUGCGAUUAUCUUCCGUGUGUGACCGAGACACCGCUAUGCAAGUGUAUAACGAUAUCCCAUUCGCACAUCGAAGCGGCGUGCGGAUCCACAUCCAAUGUAAAGACCGCCUUAGUAGAGAUCGAAUGUCAAAUUUUUUUUUGUAACCACUGCCAUCUUUCGACACAUGGCAAAACCUUGGCAGUGAAUGUGUGAAGUGCCUAAGUCAUUGACAUCACAACAGCUAAUGUAGCGUACAUAAUAUGUACGUUAUGUAUAUUAUGUGUGUGUGUAUACACAUAUUAUUAAUCAGUCGACUUUUAACCCAAAUACCUACCUAGUUUGAAAAUAAAUAUAGUUAUUGACAUAUCUGUUUCUGUUAAUUAAUUUAACUUAUAAAUGAAAAUAAACUAAGCUUAAAUUAUUUA